AUGAUGGCCAUGAACGCCAAGCAGCCCUUCACCAUGCACGCUGCCCUCCAGGAGCCCAAGUACUCCAGCCUGCACUCCAGCUCGGAGGCUAUGCGCAGAGUUUGCCUCCCAGCCCCGCAGCUCCAGGGCAAUAUAUUUGGAAGCUUUGAUGAGAGCCUGCUGGCCCGCGCGGAGGCUCUGGCGGCUGUCGAUAUCGUCUCCCACGGCAAGAGCCACCCCUUCAAGCCGGACGCCACCUACCACACCAUGAGCAGCGUCCCCUGCGCCCCGGCCGCCCCCGCCGCCCUGCCGCACCCCGCGGCGCUCACCUCGCACCCGCACCACGCCGCGCACCCGGCGCUGGACGGCGACCUCCUGGAGCACCUCUCGCCCUCGCUGGCCGUCGGCGGCCUGGGCGAGCCCCCGGCCGUGCCGCCGCCGCUGCCGCCGCACCCGCUGGGCGCCAUGGGCCACCUGGCCGUGGGCAUGGGCCCGCCGGGGGGGCCGGCGCCGCCGCUGCCCGCCGCGCCCUGCCUGCCCGACGUGGAGUCCGACCCGCGGGAGCUGGAGGCCUUCGCCGAGCGCUUCAAGCAGCGCCGCAUCAAGCUGGGGGUGACCCAGGCCGACGUGGGGGCGGCCCUGGCCAACCUGAAGAUCCCGGGCGUGGGCUCGCUCAGCCAGAGCACCAUCUGCCGCUUCGAGUCGCUGACGCUGUCGCACAACAACAUGACGGCGCUGCGGCCCGUGCUGCAGGCCUGGCUGGAGGAGGCCGAGGCCGCGCACCGCGACCGCGCCGCCAAGCCCGAGCUCUUCGCGGGCGCCGAGCGCAAGCGCAAGCGGACCUCGAUCGCCGCGCCCGAGAAGCGCUCGCUGGAGGCCUACUUCGCGCUGCAGCCGCGGCCCUCCUCCGAGAAGAUCGCCGCCAUCGCCGAGAAGCUGGACCUCAAGAAGAACGUGGUGCGCGUCUGGUUCUGCAACCAGCGCCAGAAGCAGAAGCGCAUGAAGUACUCGGCCGUGCACUGA